CGGGCGGCGCGGCGUCGCCUGGGUCUCUGUGUUCGCACACAGCCGCAAUGCUGGUUUGGAAAGGCUGCCCUCCCGAAUUUCUCCGAGGCGGAUUGAAGACCGAGUGAGACUCGUAUGAUUUGUUAUGCGUACGUGUGCCAAUUCCUCGUACUGCGAUGGCGAGGGGAUGCGGGAGGAUUUCCCAAGUCCGUUCUAUUAUUAUAGGUUGCCAGAGGAGUUCUGGAUCACGCGUCGUUCGUGUUUGCCGGUGAUGCUACUUCGUACUACUACAAAGAACAUGAAUCAUGGACAUCAAAGCAGAGCAGAGGCUAUUCCAAGGUCAUGUGCCGUUUUCCUGUGCCCUGCUGAAGGGAUUCCUGAGUCUUGGCGGAAUUGCUCCAUGAUUACGACAAACAACGAAAGGCGAAAGCAUAGGAAGGAUUGCCCAGUAGUAAUUCAGGCUCCUGGUUCGGUAUCAACAGACAAGACUAAUGUACUCUUUUCGCGUGCGCGAUCCAUCGUUCAGCACGCGAGGGACGUUAGGGUCUUGGGGCAAAGGCUCGGCAGGCGGCGGCGGCCAGUCAUUGAGGGCUUUCGGGAACGAAUGAACUCGUCGAAUCCAGGGUUAUCAAGGUCAUAUCGUCAGUGAUGAAAUCAUGAUGAGAGUGAACUUGGAGCAAUAUGCGCGGCGUCCACAAAGUAAGUUCACAAGAUAUCCACUCCUGCUCGUCGAUCGCGGGGGAUUCCCCUCUCUCUCCACAUUGUACGCCGAGCCUCUGGGGUAGAGAUCUUCAGAUCAAGAUGCUGUUCUAAUCAUGGACAAAAGCAAAGAGGAAA